AUGAACCUUCAAGUUCCCGCCAUUUUUCUUAUCUUCAUUUUCUCCAUCCCUUCAUCCACCGCCACCGCCGGUGUCGACGCCAUUUCCCGCCUUAUUCAGAUCCAAGACCGCGAGAGGGCUCCCCCUUCCGUCCAGGAAGCUGCCGCGCGCGGCGUCCUCCUCCGCCUGUUGCCUUCUCACUCUUCCAGCUUCCACUUCCGGAUCGUCUCCAAGGAAUACCUAUCUAUUCUCUUAUCAUUACUGUGGCCUACAAAGCAAUGCGGUGGUGAAUAUUGCUUCGUGAUAAAAAAUCAUCCUUCUUUGGCGAUACCAGGGGAUUCUCAAAUUCUGAUUGAAGGCACAACUGGAGUGGACAUAGUGUCGGGUCUGCACUGGUAUCUGAAGCAUUGGUGCGGUUCACACAUAUCAUGGGACAAAACCGGUGGCUCGCAGCUAUUUUCCGUACCCAAUGCGGGCAUUCUCCCGCGCGUUCACCACGCUGCAGGGGUCUCUGUUCAGAGGCCUAUUCCGUGGAGCUAUUACCAAAAUGCGGUUACUUCUAGCUAUUCCUUCGCUUGGUGGGACUGGGAAAGAUGGGAAAAGGAAAUUGACUGGAUGGCUCUGCAGGGAGUUAACUUGCCGCUUGCGUUUACGGGACAAGAGGCUAUCUGGCAGAAAGUGUUCCAGCUUGAUUUAGGCCUUGAUUCUCAAGCUGACUUUAUAUUGAACCUCCAGGAGAAAUUUAACAUGAGUAUUUCUGAUUUGGAUGAUUUCUUUGGAGGUCCCGCAUUUCUUGCUUGGUCACGCAUGGGGAAUUUACAUGGAUGGGGUGGACCACUGCCACAGAGCUGGUUUGAUCAACAAUUAAUCUUACAGAAGAAAAUUCUCGCCAGAAUGUAUGAGCUUGGAAUGACACCAGUUCUGCCAGCAUUUUCUGGAAAUGUCCCUGCUGCGCUGAAAUUUAUAUUUCCUUCAGCAAAAAUAACACGCUUAGGAAAUUGGUUUUCUGUAAAGAAUGACCUUAAAUGGUGCUGCACCUAUCUUCUUGAUGCUACUGAUUCUUUGUUCAUCGAGAUUGGGAGAGCAUUCAUAGAGAAACAACUACAAGAGUAUGGAAGAACCAGCCACAUAUACAACUGUGAUACUUUUGACGAGAACACCCCACCAAUUGAUGAUCCAGAGUACAUUUCAUCAUUAGGUGCAGCAAUUUUUAAAGGAAUGCAGAGUGGUGAUGAUGAUGCUGUUUGGCUGAUGCAGGGAUGGCUGUUUUCAUAUGAUCCAUUCUGGAGACCUCCUCAAAUGAAGGCACUUUUACAUUCUGUUCCUGUUGGAAAGCUGGUGGUUCUUGACCUAUUUGCUGAAGUUGGAGUUGGAAUGUCCAUGGAAGGUAUUGAACAGAAUCCCAUUGUCUAUGACUUGAUGUCUGAAAUGGCAUUUCAGCACAAGAAAAUUGAUGUUAAGGCCUGGGUUGACAUGUAUUCAACUCGACGAUAUGGACAACGACUUCCUUUAAUACAGGAGGGAUGGAAUGUCUUAUAUCACACGAUUUACAAUUGCACUGAUGGAGCCUAUGACAAAAACAGAGAUGUGAUCGUAGCAUUCCCAGAUGUUGACCCUUCCUUAAUUUCAGUACAGCAUGAUCGGUCUCACCACUAUGACAAGCCCUCGGGAACAAUUAUCAAAGAAAUAACCGAUCAAUUUGAUCGACCACAUUUAUGGUAUUCAACUUCUGAAGUAAUCUAUGCACUAGAGUUAUUUAUAACUAGUGGAGAUGAACUUUCAAGAAGUAAUACUUACAGGUAUGACUUAGUUGAUCUGACUAGACAAGUCCUGGCAAAAUAUGCAAAUGAAUUGUUCUUUAAAGUCAUCGAGGCAUAUAAAUCACAUGACGUCCAUGGAAUGACCCUUCUCAGCCAGAGAUUUCUGAACCUAGUGGAAGAUUUGGACACACUUUUGGCUUGCCAUGAUGGGUUUCUUCUGGGACCUUGGUUACAAAGUGCAAAGCAACUAGCUCAAGAUGAAGAACAGGAGAGACAGUUUGAGUGGAAUUCUAGAACACAAAUCACCAUGUGGUUUGACAACACAAAGGAGGAAGCCAGUCUGCUUCGUGAUUAUGGAAACAAGUACUGGAGCGGGCUUCUACAUGAUUACUAUGGCCCCAGAGCUGCUAUUUAUUUUAAAUAUUUAAGAGAAAGCUUAGAGAUAAGUGAAAAUUUCAAGCUAAUAGAAUGGAGGAGGGAGUGGAUAAAGCUUACUAAUGAAUGGCAAAAGAGUAGGAAUAUUUUUCCAGUGGAAAGUAAAGGAGAUGCUUUAAACACUUCUCGGUGGCUCUUUAACAAAUACCUGAACAUGACCAAUCCUGAAGCAAAGCUUCUACAGGAGUACUGA